CGAGUUGGAUGGUAGGUGGCAAAGUGGACGUAAUACAGCCGCGCUAUAGUCGAUAGCAUCGGCAUCGGUUUCGUGGCGUUGGUCGAUAGCAAAGCGUUCAUCGUUCUUUCCGCCAGCGAGAAAUUGAAGUUCGAUAUCAAUAAAAUAAUUCAUCAAAAGUUGAUUUCAGAUAUCGGAAUAUCCGCGGUAAAUUUGUUUGUUCAUCAAUUAUAAUAUAGACAGGACACACGGAUGUCAAUAAUUUACCGGGCCAGAGAUAUACGAUGAAUUUGGUAAUUAUGCAACGAUCGUCGUCCAUUUUGGUGAGAUAUGAGAAAUACAGAGUUAUGUACUAUUAAUAGAAGAAAUAAUCUUGAUUGCAAGAGGGUAAUCGUAUAUCAAAUGAUGUUUUCCAAUACAUAAUCAUGGAACAUAAACAAAUAACAGCGACCAACAGUGGUAAGACAGCAGCCGUUGAAGACAAGAAUGAAAUGCAAAUGGUCCUUGCAAAAAUGAUGGAAGAAAAACAUACGUAUACGUAUAAAAAGCUGGUUGUGCCAAUGUCCAUGCGUAGCAUCUACUGGAAGUUCUUUGGUUUUCCUGCUACGGAUGAUGGUGAUAUUCUAACUAAAGUUAAAAUUGUCUGCAUAUUAUGCAAAACUCAAAUUGCAUACAAUCGUAAUACAAGCAACCUUAGAAUGCAUCUUCAAAAUAAGCAUGCGCAAGAGUUAAUGGACUUGGAGGCCAUCAAUCCUCCUCGCCGCCAAACUCUUUCACAAGAAACUAAAGAACGCCGAGCUCAAAAACGAAUGCUCAAAGCAGGCCUCACAAACACCCAGCAUAUUUAUACAACAGCAGCAGAUGGCACCGUACAAAUUGAUGGAGAUAUUCAGUUUGUUACUGACCCAAACAUAAGUCUAUCCAACAUGGAAGAUGACAUUGGCAUAAGCCAGCCAUUACGGGUCAUGAUUAAAGGAAGUACAGGUAUGGGAAAUAGCAGUCAAAAUGUGGCUUUCUUAAUGCCAGAAGAGAAUCAAGUUCAGCAGUCAAGCAUCGAUGGUAAAACUGUAUCUGAUGCUAUAGCGGAGUUCAUUAUAAUGGAUCUUCAGCUGCCAGAUGUUGUGGAAGGAAGAGGCUUUCAGAGGCUUAUUGCCACUUUACGUUCGCCGUGUGAGAUACCUAGUAAAAACAAGUUAGAAGAUGAAAUUAUACCAAAAGUCUAUGACACGUUCAGAGAAUCAGUUGCAGCAAGUUUAGCCUGUGUAACUGGUGAAUUCGGCCUUGUUGUGGAGGAAUGGAGAUCUAAUUCCGGCGAGAACUUUGCAAGUAUAUCGAUUUGUUAUCAAAAUAUGGGAGAGGCUUCCCUUGAAUGUAAAGUGUUGACCGUUCUACACAUUCCAUUGGAAUGGGGUGAAUCUCAAUGGGGAACAGCUAUUGACUCUUUGCUACUCGAUUGGGACCUGAGGGUAGACAGAAUCACAGCUGUAGUUGUUGGAACCUCAAGAGUUGAACUAUUGGCUGCUUUGUCGAGUCGUGGCUUGGCCUUAGUGCCUUGCUUACUUCAUACACUGCAAGUUUGUGCUCAAGCUUGCUUCGAGAAUAUGGAAGUUGCUGCCAUUCUUGCCAAAUGUAGGACUGCAAUCGGGGCUAUAGUCAGUCAUCCAGCUGCCUCGGCUGCCUUAGUUAUGCAAGAACAAAUUCUAGAGUUGGAAGAAAAUGCUAUGGUCAUGGACUACCCACCUGUGUGGACUUCUACCUAUCAUAUGCUUGAACAAAUGGUUCUGCGCAGAAAUAUUGUGGUAUCGCUUCUUGAUGGAAUGGAAGGGAUUGACCAAGAAAUCGUCAGUCUCUCGAAUGAACAGUGGAAAAUUAUGGAGGAUCUAGUUAAUGUUCUUGAACCAUUUAAAGUAACUAUUAUGACAUUGAGCGAGGAAAAAAUGCCACUUAUAUCGCUAUUGAAGCCUCUGCUAUGGCAGCUGGUUUCAUCACAUCUAAAAGCCAAGGAUUCUGACAGUGAGACUGCUCGCACCUUCAAAGAAUCUCUAUCCGACAUGUUGUGCGAUAGAUAUUCUGAUCCUAGCGUAACGUUACUCUUACAAACAGCUACUACGCUAGAUCCAAGGUUCAAACAGCUGCCCUAUGCUACCGAAGAAGACAAAAACAUGGUCGCUGGACCGAUCAAGGAAAUGUUAACCAAGUUGAUAGAAGAAGAAGGUGGUGAACCGAUUGCUAAGAUCGAAGAGGAACCAACCAGUAAAAAAAGUAGACUGUCCGGUAUGGAACUCUUGUUGGGAGGCUUAUGCGCAACUAAAAGCGGUAUGCCGGCCGAAGAAAAAGCGGAUCUGGAAUUAGUCCAGUAUCAAUCUGAGGCAACAGCACCUCUCGACUACUGUCCCUUGCAGUGGUGGGCUAAGGUCUCGGCUAAAUGUCCAAAUCUCGGUCGCCUCGCUCGUAGGUACAACUGUGUUCCUGCUUGUUGUGCACCACCUGCCCGUAUACCCGCUGAUACACAAGUCCUGUAUGACACAAGGAGAGCCGCUCUACCUCCACAUUUGGCCGAGAAGCUGCUUUUUUUACAUGGCAAUCAUAACGUAUGAAAAUGCUCAAAAGGUUGAUAAAUCUUGAAUUAUAGUCAAUAUUUUUUCACACGACAAUGUAUAGAAACAGUGUACAAAUAAUAUUCAUGGUAUGAGUGGAAGUCGACAUCAUAUCGAAAAUUCAUGGAUUUUAGAAAGCUUCAGGCAAUACUUAAAAAGUUAUUCUGGUACAUAUAGAAAAUUGAGGUUUUCUGUGUGUUAAUUUGUAU